AUGACUUUGAGUCAUGAAAGCGUUAUAUCAUGGGUGCUGGGCGAAUUGCGCAGAUCUGAAGAGGAAGGGAUAACUAUAUCAAAAUUAUUUGAAGGUAUAGAAAACUAUGCACACGUUAAUGAGGACACAAAAGUUAGUCUUUGGUCAGACCUUGUCUGCGAUAAAAAUAUAUUACUGCUCGAUGGAAAGGAAACCGAGCUAAGCAAGUCACCUCUGCGAAAACUUGGACUCGAGGACGUUCUGGCUCUGGGUUUAGGAGAAAAAAGAAUAUAUAUCCGGCAAAAGGUAAAGUUAACAAAUGAUGACAAUCUUAAACCAUUGGAUGCAGGAGAAGAUCAAAGUUUUGCACCUCAAAUCCUCAGUCAAAGCGAAGAUAUCAUAACAACUCCUUCAGCCUUACAUGUGAACGUGUCACAAGCUGCAUCUACGAUUCAUGCGCAACCAACUGAACUCGGAUCUUCACUUGCAAUGGAUAAAGAAGGUAGUACAGAACUAAACUCUCUAUCCUACUCUGAAGCUUCAUUAGAGCCAGGCAUUUUUCCGAGUACUCCAGUUGGAAGAGAGAGGGAAAUCACGAAGGCGAAUUCGAUCAAAAAGAUAGAUUCAAAUUUAAAGAAAGCAACAUACACUCCCUACGAGCAAAUACGAUACGAAGCGGGAAUUUCUGGAGCCUAUAUCAACCCCAAGGUAACUGGCUCUGCCGAGCCUACAAGAGGAAGGCCAAUAAAACGCCCGCGCCUUAUUGUGUUUAAAUCAGAAAUGCUAAAAGAUCCUACUUGGUUAGAAAGAAGGAAAGGCACAUGGCACGAGUAUUUUGCCGAGGCAAUCGCUUCCCAGAUAAUAGAUGCGGAGGACAGUAACCAUGGACUUCGGAAACGGAAGACUGAGAGCAAGUUCAGAAUAACCAUUUCAGAUUCUGAGGCUACUCCCAAGAGGCGUAGAGUAUCGAAAAAAACUAAGAAUUCAACUCCUUUCUCACCUUAUCAAAAGCCGGCCGAAAAUUGGACACAGUCCGAAGAAGAGAUUAACUGCCAGGACUCCGAUGAUAAUGAAAAUAUUAACCAGUCGACUCCCAAAUUUGCGGGACCAAGUGGUAAACAGGAACCGCAGAAAAAAAUUGUAACAAGACGUACAUUAAUUAUCAAAAGCAAUCAGUCCUUGGUGAAUUCGAGACCCUCUCGAGAAAUGACUGUGAAAUCAUCAAUUCAGAGUGAAGACCAAGAUAGUAGCUCUACCCCAAGUGGAUUAAAUAGAUUGGGCAGUCAUCUUAAUUUACCCGCCACCGGACAUAACACUUCUCCUGCAUCGAAAAGUAGCAUUAUCUCUUCAAUGCCCCGUCGCCGGAGCUCCCGAGUUGAUUCUAAUCAGACUCAAGCAAUUCAAGACAACAACAUGGGAAACUAUAAUCAAUCAACAAUCGAAGGCGAUGAUUUGAUAUUGAGGGCAAGCUUAGCUAGUAACGAGGUCGUAAGACGUGAUCUGUCUUCUAACAGCCUCGUGCCAGCCUCAAGUCCCAAGACUACGAGAAGAUCUGCUAAGUCGAACCAAAACCAUAUCACACCUCGGUCCGCCAUUCUUACUAGGGUCACACCUAGAAAGGCGCAACUCGAAUCAACUGAUGAUACAAUUCUUUCUACUCCUUGCCUCAGCUCAAAUCAUCUUCAAAGCCCCGGUAAAGCGUCAGAACAACCUAUCACCAACGUAAUAAAUACCCAAAAUCUGACAGGCAAAUUAUCUGACAGGAUAAGUGAUAAAAUGAAUGAUGUUUUAUCUGAUAAAAAUCUUCUACCUUCUAGUCCUGAAAAAUUAACACUUUCCACGAAUGAAGAUGACUCUAGGCCUCAUACCCAAGUCCUUGUACGCCCUUCUUUAUCUCUUCUCAAUAAGGAUAUCGGAAAAAAAUAUGGCCCUGCACCUUACGGGUCUCCCGAUGUAUCAGCUCCAAACAAAUUGGCGACUCUUCGCUCUGCUUUAUCGGCUGCAGAGACCAAUACUGCCGCUGAUGUUAUAGCUGGUUUAAAAGGUAUUGAAUGCUCUGAAACUAGAAAAACCGUUUCACCAACUUCCGAUAGUCAUUCUCAGAAUCCAAUUUCAAAGGAAAGAGAAAUCAUUGAACCUGAAGCUUCGCAAAAAUCGCUUGCACCUGAAGCAGAUAUUUCAAAUAUGCAAUCAGAAAGCGAAGAGUCCCUGUUGCAGGUCCCCCAAACUGAAAAUUCACUCGAAAAAAUCAAAGGGAAGCGAUCAUAUUCUCAAGCCACUCAACAGGAGCAGAGUCCUCUGGUAGGUAAUCAACCAAAGAAGCUGAAGUUGAACCUCAAGAAAAGAAUACGAGGCUCGGAACCUCCAAACAAUGUUGAAUCCGACCUGAAGGAGGCUGCAGCUAUUCAAUUUCCUGCAGAGUCAGCCCGCUUAACCUGUAUAUAUCAAGGAAAAGCAGGGAACUUGAUUCUGUCUGAAAAUAAGCAAAUACUUAAAUUCCUCUCCCUUAAUCAAUCUUCUGAUAGUGAACUCUUCAAGUUGGAUAUAUCUGAUAUUGCUCAAAAUCCUAUCACCUCUAUAACUGGCUCAGUACCAAUGGAGCUGAGAAUCAAGGAGGGGUCCCAGGGUAGUGAAAUCAUAAUCCACACGUUUGAAUUCCCUCCAACAACUACAGCUAUAGAAAGUGCCAAUAACAUGCGUGCGAAAAUUGUAACGGGCAUUGUUGCCUGUAAGUUACGUAGUGGCCAGGACUAUAACCAUCCAGUGCAAAUAAAAGAAGAAAUGCAGAAACCCUACAAAUGUGAAACCUGUGAAAAGAGGUUCAAGAAUCAGAACGGUCUCGAAUAUCACGUCUCCAAGGCUGCGACAACUUGCAAUCCAAAUUUUGACCCCCAAGUAGGCCCAGGGAAACGCGGUCGGAAAAAACGAAAGCAAUCACUAGAUACUAGUAACAAUAAGGCCCAAGAGGGUGAAGAUGCUCCGCCACCAAUAGAUCCUCAGCAAACUAAUCCUGAACAGGACCACGAGAAGCAUGACUCUUCCGAUGACGCGGGAUCUUCAAGUGAAAGUGACGCCUCUGUAAUGAGUUGGGCGAUGAAAAAUUCGACCUCAGGAAUCGGUAGGAUACGAAAGGCUCGAGAAUUGGAAUCAUCCGAAACAUUAGCGAGUAGGAGAAUAGAUUUUAAUAACAAAAAUCCAAAAGAGUCUGAAGUUUAUAACGAGAAUGAAAGAAAUCUUGCCACAGCUGUUGAUAAAAUGGAAUUAUUAUUAGCAGUACCUCAAAGUGCCAAAACCCCUCUUGAUUCCAUAGCAGAGAAGGUCUUUCUAUCUAGUACAAUGGAAUCAAAUAAAUAUGAAGCACUCAUGCUAUCCUUAGUUCAGGCCAAUAAUAACAUCUUUCCAGGCGAUCAAAGUCUUUGGUUUUGUCUAAUAGCAUUAUGGUUAAAACAGUCUACAUCUAGUCAGCCCAGUGAUGGCCUCGUUUCAGCGCCUGAAUACAAAGAAUGCAACAAAUUCUUAGAUAAUUUAAUUGAAACAAAAAAGCUUGAGCGUAAUUAUUUUACAAUCCAAGGCCAAGAUGGAAAGCACUACACUCGAUGUAUUAUUAGUACCCCAGGCACUGACUUAAAAUCACACUGUGCUAUGGAACUCAGUAGGUUGAUCAAAGAAUGUGUUCCAAGUCACUACGUCCCACCCCAAUUUUCACCUGGAGAGUCCAUUUUAUCAAAGCUUGGAGACCUAGAUGAUAAAAACUCUAUAGCAUCAUUAAACUUAAAAGAUAAUACAGUGACUAGCCACUUAGGCUUCCAGUCCUCAGCUUUACCGCCAAAUCUUGUAGAUCUUGGGACCUGUACUAAUCCUGAUAACCAGCUUGUCGAUAGCGAAAUGAUUGAAACAGAAAAGGAACCCGCCGACUCUGCAAACGAUGAAAUAGCGACCACGCCAAAAGAACUAAAUCAGACUAGAACCAAGACUUGGAACAGUAAAAUCUCUGAGGGCCUCCGAAGAUAUCAUCAAUCACUGGGUAGGACUUCUAAGCCAAGACCUACAAGGAAGAAGCCUAAUUCUCAAGGGGCCAAAGGCACUAAAAAAUAUUCUUCACCGGAUGUCAGUGAACAAACAUGGAACUGUGCGCAAUUCUAUUUGCAGGAUCCGGACACUGGUACCUGGGAUCAACUCAACAGUAGCUUUUUGGAUAUCUCAUUAGUAUCAUCAGAAUCUCCGCGAGUAUUUGUUGAGUCCAUUACCUACAUGCAAGGGGAGAAUGGCUCCUGGUCAAUCCGACCCAUCGGCCAUGGAAUGUCGACAAAUUGUUCAGCGUCAGCACUUUUCCCAACAACCCCUAAGGCUCUAGAUAAAAUAAGAUGUAUUGAGAGGAAGCCAAGAACAAGACGUUCAACAACCAAAAUUCCGAGUAAGAAUGAGGUGCAUCGUCCUUUGCGUCAUUCAAAGCGUUUGACAGAAGAAACUCCGAUUUCUAAAACUCGUUCGACUCGAAAAUCUAAGGCGAAGGUUACCGAGUCUGUAUCUGCUAUUGAUGCACCCGCAAUGAAAUUAGACACCUCUACAGCGCCAAUGCGAAAGGUUCAUGUAGAAGAUAAAGCAAUUGAAGAAACUCCAUACGAUCAACAUGAGCCUUCGUCAAUCUCUGAGCGCUCUAAAAGAUACCUGACACGAAGUCAGGGAGAGAAGAAUUCAGAAAUAUCUUCUGAAACAACGACCCGUGAGUCCUUGCAUCCUUCAACAAAACCGAGUGCCCACACAAAUAUGGCACUAUGUAAUUCAGAUAUGAUCCGCUUUUACGAACCCAAGAAACAUGGUAUUGAGGCAGUUAGAAACCCCGGUCUAGACACUCUUCCAUCUAGCUUUGGUCUUUUUAACUCGGCUUGUGAAGAAACCACUCAGAAAGAUUUUAAUUAUAUAGAUCACUAUUCUGAAAUCAAUUUUAUAGCCCCAUUGCCUGUGGACCCUACAUGCAGUUUUGAAGAAGGAUCCUGGACUACAACUGGAGUUCUUUCCGAGAUAGAUGAUAAUUACGAAGUACGUUGGGAUGAGCAGACAGCAUUCGACAUGAAUUCUAUUCCUUACCAAGAAAUGAGCUUCUCACUCACAUUCGAUGAAAUAGUCCCUAAACCCCUUGACAUAAAGAUUCAAAAGCAGAGCAGCAUUUCUCGGUGUAAACAGUCUAAUGGCUCUAAUAGACAACGAUGCACCCGACUAUUGACGCACUUAAACGUAGAUUUCUGGGGAAUUGGUGACCAUCCAGAAUCAUCGUCACAAUUUCUCGGUAUUCCUAUGGCAGCAGGAGAUGAAGUCGCAAAACUCAGAAAAAGAAAUGCACAUGACAGUAUGUCUCUUGCAGUUGAGAAGCGUUUUAUAAUAGCUGUCAUCGUUAUACGUGCUCUUACAGGUGGCAUAGAAUGUUUAACUGAUUGGGUUCUCGUUUCAUUACUUUUUCCGAAGUUUUCGCUCAACUUUAUGAGAGGGCACUGGAAACAACUCUUAAUUAGGCACAAGAAAAUAAUUGAUAGACUUGAAAGCGAUUUCCAAGAAGCUUUCGUCGCUGCUUAUGAAUCUGGUGAGAUCGCUGCUAUUGACUACGAUGAUCUUCAGAACUAUGACUGGAACAAACUGAUUGACUGGACUAUGAACACUGUUGAUACGAGCUUUAGUCACAAACCAGUGACCAUACCAGAUUCCCGAGCAGAACUACAGAUGCGAUACGCAAUGGAGGUCAUCGAUCAUAAGGAAACCUGGAGAGAUAAAUGGUUUGAAACGAACGCUGCUACGUAUAGAAGAUUAGACUACGCUUCCUUUCAUGCCCUAUCAAUACCAGUCUUGAAGCGAUCCGAAUCAGAAUCAAAGAUUGAGCCUGCUGACUUAACGGUGGCUAAGUCCUGGUUCCGAGCAAUGGCGUUAUCUCCAGAAGAUGAAAACUCUUCAGUUAUAAUGGAAAAGAAGAUGCUUAGUUUUGGAAACAGUCUUUGUGAAAAAGCCCUCGCAGCUCUAAUUGAGUCAAAAGUUAUAAUACAACGCUCCAAAAAGCGCCCAAACUCAGGUAGUCGAAAUUAUGAAACUACGGAAAUUUUUUCUAGGUCUCUACGAAGAGAAGUUAAGCCAAAGUGCCUAAGAGAUGCAAGUGUAUUCAAACGGUAUUUGGAUUCUGAGUUUAGGAGUGGGAAAAAGUGUGUCCGGGUUGACUAUAUGGCUUGGGACGGUGAUAUUAUGGUCAUUAGCAAUUUGCAAGCAAGGGAACGCAUCGAGCUCAUCGCCAUGGGUGUGCCUAGAGAAAAAUUCGGACUCACAGAAGGCGGGUAUGAGACCAAGAAAAUACCAAGGGAACGCCUACGUUUUGAGCUUGAUAUCUACCCAACAUCCUCGUAUAUAUAUGAUGACGAGAACGAAAUUUUGAAGAAAGCUAUCGAUUUAGGACCCCCUCGUGGCAAACAAAUGGCACUUCCUGUCUGGUAUAGUAUCAACGAGACGGUGAUCAUUGCAGUUUGGAAAGAUAUCUACUCUGCUAUCGCUCAAGUUUUAGCGCUACGUGCUGGAGUAGAUAUACCAGAGCUGGUCCGAAUUUUUACGCCAACUAUGGAAGAAUGGGAGAUAAAACUACUCAUCGAUUGGGGAGAAAAAAUAGGUCUCUUUUGUAGAUUGCAUGAGAGUAUUGAUGGAUGGAUUGCUGGUGAGUGGUGGUGGGCUUAUGCUAUGAAACUCUUCGCGAAUGACCGCUUCAUUGUAGGCCAGGAUGUUCGGCAUGAGCCGAAGGAUCCAUUUUCGAUGAAAGGCCGUCUUUCCAGUUGA